CGGCAGUCUGCUUAGCUGAGGCAGAUGAGAGUUGGGAGGUUGGGGGAGGGGAACCCCUCUCACCAAACGGAGCAGCGGUUACGGCACAAACCAAGUCUACGUUGCGUUAUGGGAGUCCGCCUAAGAAAAAGAGAGAAUUCAUCAAGGCUACCCGGUCCAAGCUGUGUGUACUAUCAAUGAAGAUGCCUGCAGCAACUAAAACAACCCUGGAACGUCUAGUAACAGAUACUAACAACCUGGAUAGGCCAUUACCCGAAGUGAAAAAGAAGAAAAAAAAGAAGAAAAGAAGGGAUUUGCAGAUGCCUGCAUGUUUCAAGAAGAUGUUCCAAGAAACAGCUAAAACUUUCCCUCACACCAAACAAGUUGGGACUUAUCUGGUGGGGAAAAUGAUCAACCAGGGCUCUUUUGCUAAAGUGAUGGAGGGACUGCAUCUCCCCACGGGUGAAAAGGUCGCUAUUAAAGUCAUCGACAAGAAGAAAGCCCAGCAGGACUCCUACAUUUUAAAGAACAUGAAGCGGGAGCCCCGCAUUCAGCAGAUGGUCAAGCACCCUCACAUUGUUCAGUUGUAUGAAACCCUAGAGACGGAAAACUCUUAUUACAUGGUCAUGGAGCUGUGCCUGGGCGGGGAUCUCCUGGACAAAAUCUGUGACCAAAAGAAACUGGAUGAAAGGGAAGUAAGGAGGUUCACCAGGCAGAUCAUGUCGGCCGUUGGCCACCUGCACCACCAUGGCAUUGUCCAUAGGGACUUGAAAGUUGAAAAUUUUCUUUUAGAUGAAAACAACAAUAUCAAGAUUGUGGACUUUGGAUUGAGCAACAUUAUGAAGCUGGAGGGUCUUUCUCAGGAGUUGUUAAACACUCAGUGUGGAAGCCCAGCCUAUGCUGCCCCGGAACUGCUGGCUCAUAAGAAAUAUGGUCCAAAGGUGGAUGUCUGGUCCAUAGGGGUUAGUAUGUUUGCUAUGCUCACGGGCACAUUGCCAUUUACUGUGGAACCAUUCAACAUCAAGCAGCUUCAUCAGAAGAUGGUGAAUGGGGAAAUCAGCUCUGUUCCAGAUGACAUCUCUUCUGGAGCUGUGCAUUUCAUGCACUCCUUACUGGAGCCUGACCCAGCCAAGCGGCCUGCCAUUAGAGAAGCAAUGAAAGACAAAUGGCUGAAUGAAGGAUGGAACAGGAAACCACUAAGUUCUAUUACAUAUAAGAACAGGCUCCAUCCUGAGGACCUUAACUCCACAGUUCUGAACUACAUGGCAAACACCAUGGAACCUGGUCUCUCAGAAAUUAUCAGUGUGCUGAUAAACAAUAAGCCAUCUUCCAUCAUGGCAUCCUACAGCUUGCUGCUGAAGAAACUAGUGAAGUCUCAAAAGGAGAAUAAAAGCCUGAAGAAAAACCACAUGCCCUCAAAACAUGAUAACAAAUUUCCCAAAACCAUAAAUCCAAAUCCAGAAGGAGAAACUCAGGGUCUGCAAGAGACCAAAGCAGCCACGCUUGGAGCCUUCAAAAAAGGUGAUGACAAGACUUUUCUCUCCACACAACACCCAACAGUGCUAGACAUCAUUCAGGAAGAUGAAAUUGCUAUAACUUUGGAAAACCAAGAAAAUUUUCUGGCAGUUUCUACUUUUUCAGAAAGAGACCAGAAUGAUCUUGAACCCCCUACAUCUGCAAAUAGAAGAGGUUCAGAUGAGCCAAGAAAUCAGCCAUAUUUGGAUUUCCCCCUGAAUAUUGAUGGUCCCAGAGGCUCACCUAAAGCCAGGAUACCAUAUGUUUUUGAAGUGCCACCUCUGGAGUUGGAGAUUCACUCCACAAAAUUACCAAAACCGCAGUCUCAUUUAUCAGCAGCAUCCUGUAUAGGCAAGGGUGAGGGGUGGAGCCCCAUACUUCCUCAAGACACAAGACUUAAAGACCUCCUGAGACCCAAGGAUGAAAAUAUUCCACACCCAACAUGGCAGCCCCAAGAAAAGGGGAGUGCUAACUCAUCAAUGAAUACAUCUCCACAGCUUUCCCCUUUACCUAGGCUUAGACACAUACCCUUGAAAACGGGUCUUUCAAAGAAAACUUCUUGGAUGAAAAUAUCUCAGCAAGUGUCAAGUGCAUCCCCUCUACUUCUGGUCAACAGUUCCAGACCUCCUGUGGUCCCCACGUCUCAGCAGCAGAUGUUCCUGAGAAGAAAUUUGAGGCAAUAUAAGGAGAAGCCGAGAAUACUUUUUAAACACAAUAAGAGUAGUAGAAACAUGGCAGAACACAAGACUCCUCAAAAAGUGACAGACUUGAAUCUCCCGGUAUUAUCAACCCCCUGUCAGACUUGUCCAGAUAAAAAGUCUGAGGUCCUAAAAUUAGAUUUUGCACAAAACAAAUGAACUACAUUUGUGGAGCUAAAAAUAGAGCAGUAUGGGGUUACCUGCAACUUUUUUACACCCAUGCUAAACAAGCAAGGGAUCAUCUGGGGUCAGGAGCCAAAACUGCACAAAAUGAAAACUACGACUUUGACCUGAGAAGAUCACAACUUUGAGUUCUGUGCUUGUGACCUAAUGUGCCUUAUACCCUUUCUAUAUGUAAUACGGGAAGUGGUAGUCCAGAGCUGGAAGUAUAAAUUUGGAAACAAGCCUAGUUCUAAUUUUCAUUUCUAAAAUUAAUUGUGACAUAUUUAACAUAGCUAUAUAUUUGCUCUAAAAGUUAUGCCUGUUUAUUAGAAAUUAGCCAUUCCCCAGGGACUCCCAAAAGUCAUUUUAAUGUAUACCUCAUAAUUUCAUAGUAAAAUCUUUCUUCGGUUAAAAGAACUCAUAUUUUUGAAUGCCUACUUUGUUUAUGGCAUCAUGCUUGGCCUAGUGUCUCAGCACUGGGAAUAUACAUUAAAAAUUCAUAAAUGGAUCUUUUUUCAUCAUAGUAAAGAGCAUAGGUUCACUAAAUAGCAUCAUCAUGAGUCCCCUGAUCACCCUUUCUGUCUUUGUCCAAAUAGACCAAUCAUUGGUUAUCCCACCAAAUUUUGGGCCUUGUGGUUGGAUAUUUGUGAUCCAAUCUGCUAUAUGAAUCACAUAUUUAUUGAUGACCAUCCUGGCUGCACCCAAAACUCUUUAUGUAAUACGUAGCCUCUGACUUUCUGUGGCACUCCUUGUCCUGUAGACAGACUUUGUUUGUUUUAUAUAGAUAGCUUUGAUGUGUAUAUUAUUGCAGGCAUUAAUGUAGGAUUAAACCUUUCUGCCAUAAUUUUAACAGGCAUCUCCUUAUUAAUCUUCAUUGAUCCUUAUUCUUGUAUAGAUGAACCAAAAUUAAUCUAAUCUACUUUCGUGCAAUGUCCAUGCUGUAAUAUUGAUUAGGCCAGUGACCAAAGCAUAUGUAUGACACUGCCUGCACCCUGAGAGUUACAAAAUUAUUAAGAUAGUCCCUAACCUAAUAUAGGAAGAACUAAUGUAAUCACAUGGUAGAGAUUUCCAAACUUUAUAUCCUUAUGGCUCCAUUUUCUCAAAAUUGUCACACCUCUCACACUUUUCACGAAAAAACCCUAUCAAAUAAUUUGCUCAGCUCAAAUUUUAUUUAAAUAAAGUUUAAACUUUAUUACAAUUUUUAACACAAAAUUU